AUGUCUAUAAUCCGCAUUGCCGUAUCUAAACCGAUCGUUCUCGAGAUACUUGAUAUUAUGGAAGUGGGAACAUCACUACAAUCUAUAUUCGAUACAAUCUGCGCAUACCAAAGCGGUUCUGUGAAGAAAGGAAAUAAGUAUAAGGAUAUUAGAGAGGAAAGAGAUAAACCGUGUGAUUUUCCAAGAGGGAUGUUGAAAUUUGUGUUGAGUGACGGGCGACAGGUCGUGGAUGGGAUGGAGUAUAGAGCGAUACAAGAAAUCAGUUUGAAUACGAUACUAGGCAUGAAGAUCCAAUUAAGUAAUGUUCGUGUGUUGAGAGGUGUGCUACUCUUAGAUUCGAGUAAUACCAAAGUGCUUGGCUGUGGAUACGAUAAGAUACGUAACAUAGAAGGAUUGAAAAGGAAAGUAAUGACUUGCUUAGGAAUGACAGUUGAUCCAAAUAGUCACCUACAACCUUCCUCAGCACCUACAUCCUCACCAAAACAAAAGUCUCCAGUAUCCCGUUUUGAACCAACUCCUCCGUACUCAAUUCCACCAUCUUCGACUCAUGAUGUAGAUGGGAGUGAAAACUCGCAGAGUGAAUUCAUUUGUAUUGACGACGAAGAUGAACUUACAAUACGUGAUUGGGCUAAUUUUGAAACUGAUGACAGCUGCUUUGAGCCAACUCCCCCGUCACCAAUUCUAUUAUCUUCGACUCGAGAUGUAGAUGAGAGUGAAAGCUCGCAGCAAGCAUUCAUUUAUAUUGACGAUGAAGAUGAAUGGUGGGGUGGCUGA